ACAGGACGUGGCUGCUGCGUUGGCUCUAAUAGAAAGUUGGUAGAAAUCUGGUCUUUCUUUUUUUGAAGCAAAGGGUUCUCUCAAGAUGAGUACGAGUACUAAUGAUGGACUUGCAGUCAGUGAGAAGUGUUCGGCAAGUGACCAAGGAACUUCUUCCGAAAUGACGGAUCCAUCGGCAGGCAAGAUAAUCAACAACAACAACCCGGACCCCUAUGGCAUCAGAGUGUCAAAGAAGCAAGGUUCCACCAACGUGACGGAGCAAACCCAUCAUGUCUCCAGGGACAAGCGUGGGCAGGUCAUGGGCAUGCGCGGGGGCUUCCGUGGAUGUACUAUCUGGUUCACCGGUUUGUCUGGAGCCGGUAAGACGACUGUGUCCUUCGCCCUUGAGGAAUACCUGUGUCACCACGGCAUCCCGGCCUACGGUCUGGACGGAGACAACGUGAGAACCGGUCUCAACAAGAACCUGAGCUUCACCCCCGAGGACCGUGAAGAGAACAUUCGUCGUGUCGCCGAGGUCGCCAGGCUCUUCGCCGAUGGUGGUAUCGUCUGUCUGUCCUCAUUCAUCAGUCCCUACGCAAAGGACCGUGAUGUUGCACGACAAUUGCAUCAGAAGACUGGCCUUCCGUUCUACGAGAUCUUCGUCAACACUCCAUUGGAGAUCUGUGAGGAGCGUGACGUGAAGGGACUGUACAAGAAGGCUAGGGCUGGCCUUAUCAAGGGCUUCACUGGUAUCGACCAGGCCUAUGAGGCACCUGAGAACCCAGACCUGGUGCUUAUGUCUGGCAGGGACAGCGUCAAGGAUGUAGUCCAGCAGUUGGUCAAGUUCCUCAGGGCAGAGAACAUUCUUCCCGACUCUGUUGUGGAUAGCGUGAAGGAGCUGCUCGUCCCCGCAGAGGCAGUAGCAGAGGCCUUGAAGGAGGCAGAGAGCCUUCCAUCCCUCAACAUCAACAAGCUUGAUAUGCAGUGGACCCAGGUAUUAGCCGAGGGGUGGGCGUCGCCCAUGAUGGGCUUCAUGCGGGAGAGGGAGUUCCUACAAUGUCAGCAUUUCAACUGCCUUCUCGAUGGCGGUGCUAUAAACCAGUCCGUCCCGAUUGUUCUUCCCGUUGAAACCGAGGACAAGGAGCGUUUGGAGAAGUUGGAGGCGUUCACACUCAAGUACGAGGGUCGCUGUAUAGCCAUCCUGCGAACGCCAGAGUUCUACCUACACAGGAAGGAGGAGAGAUGCUGCCGUCAGUGGGGAACGUCCCAUCCUGAUCAUCCCUAUAUCAAGAUGGUGAUGGAGAGUGGUGAUUGGCUAGUUGGUGGCGACCUGGAGGUCUUGGAGCGUAUACGUUGGAACGACGGGCUGGACCAGUACCGCCUCACUCCCAACGAGCUCCGCACCCGCUUCCGAGAGAUCGGCUCCGACGCCGUCUUUGCAUUCCAGCUGCGUAACCCCGUCCACAACGGCCACGCCCUGCUCAUGAACGACACCAAGCGCAGGCUGAAGGAACGCGGCUACAAGAAGCCAUGUCUGCUUCUUCAUCCCCUGGGUGGUUGGACCAAAGCUGAUGAUGUGCCUCUCGAUGUGCGCAUGCGCCAGCACUCAGCUAUCCUAGAUGAAGGCAUUUUGGAUCCAAAUAGUACAGUAGUGGCCAUCUUCCCAUCACCCAUGAUGUAUGCAGGACCAACAGAGGUACAAUGGCACGCCAAAGCUCGUAUGGCCACAGGAGCAAACUUCUACAUCGUGGGUCGUGACCCCGCCGGUAUGCCACACCCAGACAAGUCAGGUGACCUCUACGAUCAUUCCCACGGCCGACGUGUCCUCACCAUGGCGCCCGGUCUCACUCAACUAGAAAUCAUCCCAUUCCGCGUCGCUGCCUACAACCUCAAGAAGAAAGCCAUGGACUUCUUCGAUCCGGAGAAGAAGGAGGACUUUGACUUCAUCUCGGGCACCCGCAUGCGCAAGCUGGCUCGCGAGGGACACACCCCUCCCGACGGCUUCAUGGCGCCCAAGGCAUGGGGGAUCCUCUCCGAUUACUACAUGUCUUUGUCCAAGAAGUAAAUGCACGAUGUGAACAACCCCCAACGAUCAAUGAUAAGAACGCAGCGAAGGAGGGAAUCAAGUGUCUUUGGCUCCAUCGUUUAGAAAUAAUUUCCUUCGCAUGACAGACUGCAGUGUGUUUCUAGAAUGUUUCAUCUAUUAUUUUCACCCUUUAAAGCCACACUGUCUUACUUAUAGCUACUGUGCCCUCUAUAUAGCAAACAAUGUCUAAUCGGUGACCAUUGGUCCCCUAUGAUCCUCUUUUUCUUAUAUUAAGUGAGAGCUGAUUUGAUGA